AAAAAAAGUUGCCCCUUUUGGGGUUUGAACCCACGCCCCUCAGUUUCACUACACUUUACAGUGAUUCUAGCCUAUUUGAAUACUCUUCAAAGUGGAGAUAGUGCAUAAGGGGUGUACUACCUUAAGGAAAAUCAAUGACCCCUGGAACGGGGCCAAUUUUCAACCUAGGGCUUUAAUUUGAACAAACUUGAUAGCCAUUUACUGGAAGAUGUUUUAUGCCAAAUAUCUAAGCUAUAGCUCUUUUGGAUUGUCAAAGUAGAGGGUUGUUUUAAUUUUUACUAUAUACAUGUAUAUAUAAGAAAAAUCAACGACCCACAUGAGCGGGGCCAAUUUUGACCAUAGGGCAUUUAUUUGAAAAAAAAUUGGUAGUCAUCCACUAGAAGAUGUUUCAUGCCAAAUAUCUUAACUCUAGCUCUUUCGGUAUUUUACAAGAUUUGUUUGUAAAAAAAAUAUCAUUCGGUUGCCAUGGCAACCAGAGAUCUUUAUGGAAUUUAAUUAUUUUAACAACUUUUGAAGAGCUUUAUAGAAGAAACAGCCCUGCAAAGUUUCAACAAAUUUAGUCAAGUGGUUUAAGAAGAGAAAUUUUUUAAAGAGAUUGUUGACGCACGCAUCGACGGACGCAUGGACGACGGGCAAUGGGCUAUCACAAAAGCUCACCUUGAGCAAGUUGUCCUCAGGUGAGCUUAAAAUGCAGGCUAGGUUUGACUGAGCUUGUUCAUUGAAGGUAUUGGAAACUGCAAGUUGCCGUCCACGCCCCCUACCAAAUUCAACAUUCAAACAUGAAAUGGCAAAAUUUUGAAUUUACAAACAUCAUCAGAUGUGUUCAUACGGCGGUUAUCAUGGAACCUUUAAUGUGACACUUCCAUGGCAAAAGCAGCAUAUGGUCCCCAAGUAAUAGAAAGCGCAUGUCCUAAACGAGAAAACAAUGGGCGAACUAAGGAUAGGUUUUGAGAAAGUACAAACUUGCGCACGUCUAGUAGAGUGACACAGUUUAUGUAGAGCUUCUUACAUUAAAUAGAAAUAUAACCUUGUCACGUAUUGCUAUGUUUAUAUUUGUGUAUGUAUAUAUAUUAAUGCUUUGUCAAUUGCUCUUUUUAGGGCUUUAGUGCAAAUAAAAAGUUCUUCUUCUUCUUCUUCAUAUAGUGUUAAAUCAGAUUGAUUACUUCCGAAGGAGUUCACCUAGGUUUGUGAAACUUAACACGUUCCAAGCCCAUGGCCAAUAAAAGGAAUAAGGGAUUUAAAGUCAUUAACUGAAGAUCAAUAGGCAAUAAUUCUAAAAUAUUUUUUUCUUAAUUACUUAAAAAUACAAACACCUAGAAUUGUGAAAGAGUAAGGAUACUGAAUAGCAAAUACUUGAUAGUUUUUGAGCUUAAAAAGCACAAGGUUUAAGGUCUUAGAGACAAUUUUUCCAGUCCUUUAACAUAAGAAGGAAUAAUUAUGUUAAAGUAUGUGAAACUUCUGAUUAAUGGUUCUGAAAUACUAUACUUGUUCAGAUUUUUAUACUUCACAACAGCAUAUGUUCGAACAAAUGUAGAUGUAAUAAUUCCCGGGUUUCGCAUGUUUUCAAUUUCAUUAUCUUUACUUUUAUUAUUUGGUUUACUAUUUUUUUAUUUGACAGAGCUCAAAAGCAAAAUUAACAUAAAAUACGGUUACUUAAAAAGAAAGGGAGAAGAUAUAUCUCUGGAAUUUUCUUCAGACGAAAAUGCAACGAAAAGCGCCCUCUUUGAAACAUCUGAUGUUACAGUAUCGUCAUACGAUAAAACAACAUCCAUGUCAGGUUCACAAUCCUCAUCAACAACAUCUGUUUUAGAAUCGGUUCGUACCAUAAGUUCCUUGUCACCAGAGACAUUAACAGAGGAAAGCCCUCUAAACGUAGAGAAACAAAUGGAUCAAAAUUCUGAUGUUGGAGUUACUAUUGGAAUUUCGGUUACUUCUGCCAUGAUCGUCGUUGCUAUUGUUGUAAUAUUUGUGACAUUAAAGAGACGUGGGAAAAUUACAACAAAAUGUUUCAGAAAAGAGAAAUCUGAAUGUUCUCCAUACAUUUCUACGGAAAUGCGCCCCAGCUCUAAACAUGAUAAAAAUGCCUACGAAAUGUCUUUAGGUUCUUCUUAUGAUCAAAUUGAUGAUUUAGGACUCCCAUCAGAACGUUGCUCUGAAAAUGAAGGAACUGAUAAUGUCAUUAGCGGACACACCUACUAUAUCCUUGAAACACAUACAUGGGAAUCAAAUACCGAUGAAAACAUUGAAAAUAUGACACACACAGAAACAAGCAAUGUUUAUAACAAACUGAACUCAAAUGGAAAUAUAACUGGAGGCAGUAAAUCUGAAAAUACGUACGAUUCUACAGAAAGGGUAGCCAUGAAAUUAAAAGCUCAGCACGAUAAGAAUCUAGAUGAAGAUGCAACGGAAAACACAUAUAAUCAUACGAGUAGUAGACGUUUAGUUAAGAUAGGCAAAACCGACAACGUAUACGGCGUUCUUAACAAAAUUGAAGGUGAAUACGAUUUUGUUGAUACAAGAAAUGUAAAGAGCCAGUUCAAUGGAGGAGAGACGUACAGUCAUAUCAUAAAGAAAAAUUAAAGGGUUGUAGUGUAAUACUUUGAUCAAUUCAAACUUUAAUGUUGUCGAAAUAACAUUCAAUAACUGAGUAAACUAUCUAUUUUGUUUUCAUAUAAUUUUUUAUGAUCAAUGGAUUCGGAUUCAAUUAAAUUAAUCGAUUGCAUGUAAUAUAUUUAAAAGGAUGGUUGCGUUUUAUGCAUUCAUUUUGUGUAUAAAUAAACUCUGGUAUUUUAAGCGUUGCUGUAGGCAUAUACAUGUAACAUCAAUAUAAUGUACAAUUCAGAUUAAAGUAGUAACUGCAAUACAAUUUAACAAAACAAUUUUAAUAUACAAAUAUUGCAAAAUUAUUUUGUACUUUUUAAGUGAGUUGGCUUACAAUUAAAAACAACAUAUUUAAAUGUCCAUUCUGAAUCACUUUGCAUUUUAUUUUAUUUAUUUCUGGCUAAGAAUAUCCAAAUGAUAUAAUUUCUAGUGGGCUUUUGUUUUUGUUUUAUUGUUUUUUUUUAUUGUUUUUAAAUAUUUGAGCUGCUUACAAUAUGAUAAAAAAAUAUGUGCCAAAUGUAGACCAAUCCGCUUUUAACAAUCGUAAAUUUAAUCAUAAGCAAAUAAUUGAUAAUUAUAUUUUUUUUCACAUAGUAACUUUACCAUGAACUAAUUUGACAGUUUAUUUUCCAAAAUGUUUGUAUUUUUAACAAUUGAUAAGUCUUAUUUUAAGCUUCCUUUCAGCCCAUUGAGUUUGGAACAAUACAUUUUCUUUUGCAUAAAUAAAUAUAUCUUUUGGCAAAAUAUGUUAUAACUUUCAAAAAUUUUCUUGGGAUUUCCAAAACUAACAGUUUUGCAAUCUAUCUCAAAGUUUACAUUAAAUGAUUUGACAUGUUCAGUAAUAUCUGCUGUAAAUGAUUUUAUUUUAUCAUAUUCCCAAAAACAAGUGAAAUUGUGUUUAACUCUCAUCUUUACCGAAAAAACAUUUGUCAUCAGUCACAAUAUUCUUUUGUUUUUAUACAAAGUAUUUGUAGCUUAAAUUCUAUGCAAAAGCUUAGUUUGAAAACAUUUCAAAGAAGUAUUAUUUGUUAGUUUAUAAAUCCAACUGUAUAGAUGUCGACACUCCAAAGGAACUUUCUUAAAAACACUACACCAUGCAGCUUGAGAUGUAGGCUUUUUGUUAUAGGUUGUUAAUAUAUUGUAAAUAAUAGAAGUACCGUGUUAACAUAGUAAUAUAGGUUUAAAAUAACAUGGCAUCAAGGGAAGGUGUGGGGAAUAUAUUUGUCACUGAUUAAUUCUUUUCUGUCUUUUACAUAGUAUUUUAUGCUUUAAUUGUAAGAAAUUUUUAUGUAAGCCAGAUUUUCUAUCAAAUUCAUGAUUUGUUAUAAAAUUUCAGCUAGCGUCCAAUACAUAUAUGACAAAUCGAAUCCCUUUUACAUACCAAUCCUUAAAGAACACAUGUCUAUGAUCUAUUGUAAAGUUUUGAUUAUAAAACAAUGGCAUACUACAGAAAUUGUCCUUACUAUCAAUUGGGAAAUUGUUUAUGAAAUCAAUGUAACAUUUAACAACAUCUUUCCAAAAUUAAUUGUUUCAGUUAUCAUGUACUAUUUCUGCAUACAAUCUUCGACAAUUGAACAUUUUUUCCAGUAUGUAUAAUAACAUAAGCUAAUGCAUAAGGGUUCCUUCUCGUAAUCGUUCAGUUACUGCACCGACGUUUUGACAUAUUGUUUUAGAUCUUUCUCUGGUGUGUUUUAUUACCUUUACUAUCUCUAUUGGAGUCUUCAUGCUCUGAUUUUAAGCCUUCAUAGUGCGUAGCCAAUCAAAUCACUGUGAGAGUUUGGAGUUUUUUGCCAUUAAUUUUGCAUUAGAUAACCAACAUGUUAUCUAAGAGCGCUACAGCCGUCGCGUCUUUUUGCAUAUUAAAUCAUCAGAGCUGUCCGCGCCAUUUGUAAUAGUAUCACUUAAUUUCAUAAUUUUGAUUCUGCUUAUAUGUACCCUUGUAUAAGAACUAAUUGUGAACAGUACAUAUACUGUAAUUGUUUGAUGACCGGGUACAUAGACUGCAAUCGUUUGAGAACAGUAUGUAUACAGUAUAUAUUUGUGAACAGUACAUCUACAUAAUUUUUUAACAGUACUAUAAAGUUAUUAUUUGUGAACAGUACUUUU